CCCCGACAAAAAUGUUUAGGGACCGAAAGUGUCUUCUGAUCCCACGUUUCUGAACAGGAAGGCCUUCUGAGAUAUUAAAGUUGGAAUUUUUUCCCUGUUAAAUUCUGAUACCAAGUCGUGGCGAAUCGGCCAAGGCAAAAUAAGAGUUAGCGAUCGAUGAAGCGAGGGCACGGGAUGCUGGCGCAGGUUGCGGCGUCGCAGUGGUUGUGGAGCCUGGAGCAGGCUACGGAGGCGGUCCACUUUUCCCCAGAUGCUUUCCCGCAGAAGCAGCCAAGAUUACGUAAUAAUAACGAGGAAGCUCAGCCAUGCUCGGUGCGAGCCACCCACACUCCCUGGGAGCCAUCCGCACGGGGCAGCCUCGUACCCGAGGUGUCCUAAUUUUUUGUCCUCUAGGUGGCCAUCUGACCGCCUUUCCUCCUCCGCAGAACUGGGAACCCAUUGCCUCCUGCCACUUAGGUUGGAAGUUAGGUAGUUUUCGGUAGCUGCGGAGUAGUUUCGAAAGGGUAGAUCGGAUCCGCCGGUGUCACCCACCGCCAUGGCCAAGGAAGGUGCCGCUGCUGGAGCUGCGAUGGACAUCCACUCUGCUUUGAAGGAGGUGCUGAAGAUCGCCCUGGGCCACGACGGCCUGGCAAGAGGGAUCCACGAAGCUGCCAAAGCAUUAGGCAAGCGCCAGGCCCACCUCUGUGUGCUGGCAUCCAACUGUGAUAAGCCCACGUACACCAAGUUGGUGGAAUCCCUUUGUGCUGAGCACCAGAUCAACCUGAUUAAGGUUGAUGACCACAAGAAACUCGGGGAAUGGGUAGGCCUCUGCAAAAUUGAUCGGAAGGGGAAACCCCGGAAAGUAAUAGGUUGCAGCUGUGUGGUGGUUAAGAGCUAUGGCAAAGAGUCUCAGGCUAAAGAAGCCAUCGAAGAGUACUUCAACUGCAAGAUAUGAACGGCAAUAAAAUCGGCUUCUUUUCGUUUUAAGUUCCUAAAAACAUAGAAAAGUAGCACUAUCUCAAACUCUUGCGUUUUCGUUGGAAAUAAUAGCACUCUUUAGGUUUUCUUCCAAAUGUAAACUUUGCAUAUUAUGUUCUUGUUUAUAAUGGAAAUUAUCUGUUUGGAAGUUUACAAACUGCUUAAGAUUUGUUCUAGCAUUAUUAAGGUUUAAUUGACAAUCUUAUAUGUAUGUUUGGGGCCAACCUGGUCUACAAGAGCUAGUUCCAGGACAGGCUCCAAAGAUACAGAGAAAUCCUAUCUCAAAAAAAAAAAAAACAAAAAACAAAAAAAAAACUGGGCAACACACAGCUUUAAUCCCAGCACUUGAGAGACAGAUGCAGGCAGAACUCUGUGAGUUCAAAGCCAGUGGUCUACAGAGUGAGUCCCAGCACAGCCAGGCCUACAUAGAAAGACAGUCUCAAAAAAUAAAAAGAGACGGAAAAAAGAAAAAAGGAAAGAGAACAAGAAAGGGAAGGAAAGAAGGGAGGCCAGGCGGUAAUGGCACACGCCUUUACUCUCAGCACUUGGGAAGCAGAGACAGGUGGAUCUCUGAGUCUGAGGCCAUUCUCAUCUAGAGUGAAUUAUUCCAGGACAGCUCCAAAACAACAGAGAAACCCUGUCUCAAAAGAUAAAAAGGAAAUACAUCACUAUAAAACUACUAUAAAAAUAGUAAGUCCCUGUAGGCAAAUUAUGAAAUCUGUUUUUCAAAACUUCCUCAAUAAAGAAUAAAGAAUAAUCACUGAAGCUAAAGAGGUGGCUCAGUAACUAGGAUCUCAUCUUUUUUUUUUCUUCACAGGGUUUCUCUGUGUAGCCCUGGCUGUCCUGGAACUCGCUCUGUAGACCAAGCUGGCCUUGAACACACCGAGAUCUACCUUCCUCUGCCUUCCAAGGGCAGGGAUUAAAAGUGUGUGCUCACCAAGAUAGGCUAGAUAAUUAUUUUCUCUUAAUUUUGUCAAAUACAAAUACAUUAGCUAUUGUAACUAGUUCUUACUUGGUAAGUAUUUCAUUGUAUGUAAUUUUACUAUGCUAAAAUUAAAACCUCCCUUUUUAAUUAGACCAAAGGGGGGGGUGCUAUGAAAUAACCCUUCUGUACACUGACUAUGUACUGCUCUCGUUGGUUAAUGAUAAGACUGACUUGGCCUAUAGCCAGGCAGAAUAAGACUAAGUGGGAAAGCCAAAAGGAGAUAGGGAGAGGAAGAAGGGUGGUGUCAGAAGAGAUAUGCCAGCCAGCCGUGGGGAGAAGCAAGAUGCUAGAGGAUACAUAAAGCCAGGAGCCAUGUAGCAAAGCUUAGAUUAAUAGAGAUGGGUUAGUUUAAGUUGUAAGAGCUAUUUAGUAACAAGCCUGAGCUAAUGACCAAAUGAGCUUUAUCACUAACCAAUGGAAGCAAUACAUAUUCACAGUAUACAGAACGAUUAUCUCAGCAAAUAUUUAUCCAAAGAAACCUAAUUUGCUCACUAACUUUGUUGUCUUACACUUACUAUCUUACAUUCACUAAAAUAUAAAAUAAAUGAAUUUUUAUUGUUAUUGCAAAAGAGCACUAAGGUACACCGGGCGGUGGUGGCGCACGCCUUUAAUCCUAGCACUCGGGAGGCAGAGGCAGGCGGAUCUCUGGGAGUUCGAGGCCAGCCUGGUCUACAAGAGCUAGUUCCGGGACAGGCACCAAAGCUACAGAGAAACCCUGUCUCAAAAAACCAAGAAAAAAAAAGAGCACUAAGGUGUUUGAUUUUUUGUUGCUAUUUGUUUGGGUUUUUUGUUGGGUUGAUUGAAACAGGAUCACGCUGUAGCUCUGUAACUCACUAUGUAGACCACGCUGGUCUCAGGUAUGGGCUACCAUGCCCAGCUAUAUGCUAAAUUAUAAAAUGAGAUUUGGGGACUAAUGCAAUGAUCAUUAGUAUAAUUCUUCAAUGGCCUUUAAUAUUAUUGAAGUUGUCACCUACAGUUAGUCAGAAAUGAACUAUUAAUGUGAUACUGGAGGUCAAACUACCAAAGAGAGAGCGGUCCUAGUCAAGAGCGGCCACUAGGUGGAGGUGGUGUUUUAAGUUCACUGCCGUCAGAAGCAAUGAGCAACUUACUAUUCUAUGCAUGUACUGGAACAGAGUCUUGCUGUGUGCUCCAAGCUGACACUGAACUUGUUUCCGAGUAGACUAUUUACUCUUCUUUUCUUUUUUCCUUCCUUUUUUUUUUUCAGAGUGCCCAGGCUGGCCUUAAACUCAUCCUGCUACCUCAGCCUCCCGAAUGCUGGGAGUAUAAGUGUGAGCCCCCACACCCAGCCAGUUUAAUCUUUCUCAGUUGGUAUAGUCCAAUAAUAAUUUACUAAUUAUUUUCACAUCUAAUUCCCCCAUUUAAAUUCACAUUUCAUUCUGAGGUAGAGAAAGGAAUCAGCGGUUACAGCAUUUUGAGAUUCUAUGGUUUCUCAGAGAGAAAACAACUGAGUGCCUAUGGCCUCUAAGGAUCUUCAUAGUGAUAUUUCAUUUGUAUUUUAAUAAAAUGUUUGUCUGAAGAUCAGAGAGCAAAACAGCCAUUCUGGUCAGCCAUAUAGAUCAAGUGACACACACCUUUAAUCCCAGUAGCCAUGCUAGUUGCCAUAGAAACUGGGCAGUAGUGGUCCAUGCCUUUAAUCCCUGCUAAAACGGGAGGAGACAGCUCUCAGACACAGUCUCAUUCUGAGAUCUCUGGAGGCAGGAUCGCCAUUUCAGACUGAGGUAGAGGUAAGAACCAGUGGCUGGCUAUUUUGCUUUUCUGGACUUCAGGUUGAACCCCAAUCUGUCUCUGUCUGUGGCUGUAUCUGUCUCUUGGUUUUUAUUAUCAUACUACAGAUCAAUCUUGAGGUCCUAAGAGUUUGAUGCCGGUUGCCAGAGGCCAGUGUCUCCUGGGAUAGGGGUAGGAAGCAGGAGCGGAUCUGCCCCGUGGCAGACUUGUGUUCCUGAGCCUGGCCUUCCACGCAGAACCAGGAGGUCGUCGGUGAAGACCCCAGAGAGAACUGGACGCCACCAUCCAGCAGCUGCCAGCAAGGGGAGGCAGGAACUCUGGAGGCUGAUGCGACACAGGAGGUGGGAGUCAGCAGCGCCCUCACAGAGAGGAUACUGGGGAUCACCGAAUUUGCAGCAGUACCCCACCCCUGGGCUCCAGGGUAGCAGGCCCUCUCCAAAGGGUGAAACAGGGUUUGUUCCUUGAUUUCUCGCUGGCCUCACAAACAUGCCAGUACAGAUCCCACAAGCUCAUGUGCACGGGAGACAUGUUUUCCACGGUUCUUCACACCACUCUGAGAGAGAUUCUGGGAAACAGCACCUAGGAAAUUGAGACUUUUCUUCCCUGCGGGGGGGGGGGGGGGGCUGACUUCCUGUCCCUGCAGAAGACUGCGAAACCAGGCUUGUCUCAGUCAAGGACCUGGAGGCCGGCGGGAAAGUUUCAGACUUCCAGCUCGAUGUGCGUUCUCAUUCCUGAGCUGCUGAGAGCCAGCCUUGCCUAUGCUCUAAGGAUGCGGCAGAGUCUGGGGUGUGGAGGGGAGAAUGUCCCUUGCUCCCCUGGGCUUCUGGCUGUUUCUGCACUGAUAUUCCUGUAAGCUUUGAAAUUGUCCAAAGACUGGAAGUUCAGUCCCUGUCUCGAUUCGGCCCUCCUCUGUUCUUUUCCCAGACAAUAACUUGGUCCAGGACAGCCCUGAACAUGCAGCAAUAUCCCUGUUCCAGCUUCCCUGGUGCUCGGAUUCCACUGAGUUGACCCCUUUGCUUACCCCACCAUAUGCAGUUUCUUCCUGAGGUCUUAACUUUUUCUACAGGCCACCACUGGCCUUCUCUUUCCACUUUGCCAGGUGGAGAAGUCUAACUUUCUAAUCCUUUCUGUGCUCGGUCGGGGCAUCCAACCAUUCUCCCCUCUUAGAACUUCUAGUGCUCAGAAGCAAAAUGAUUCAAUACCCUGCCUGGAAAUCUCCCAGCUUGAAAAUUCAUUAGCUGUGUGACACAGAUUUCAUGUAGCUUGCUUACAGGAAGGGUUUGUUUUUUUCCCCUGCCCUUUUCACAGCCGUCAGUCACAGUUCUCUUUCCCUAGCCUCUAGGCACACUGACAUUUGUUCCCAGCCUGGUGACCCUUCACUAAUAGCCCGUUCUUCUCCACCUCUAACAGCCCCUGUUUAUACAGCACCCACACACUGCGUUCAGAAGCCAAAGUCGCAUUUUAAAUUUCCAUGUACCCACAUCUGCUACUGAUUUCAGUGUAGCUAGUACUGACGUAUAACAAAUUACUUUAGAAAUUAGUAGUUCCGGCCAGGCCUGGUGUUGUCCAUAAUCCCAGAAUUUGAGAGACAGAAGCAGGAGUGUCACUGUCUGUUCCAGGCCAGCCCAUUUUACUUUGGGAGUUCCAGGCAAACCCAAGGCUAUGCAUUGAGACCCUAUCUACAAAACAAAAACCAAGGCUGGAGGUGAGUGUAGGGAUAAAGUACUGACUAGUAUGCCUGAGGCCGCAGGUUCCACCCAGCACUCUACCUUCACACAUAAAUUCAAGAGAUUAAAGCAACGGUAAAGUAUGACUUACUCAAAUUAUAUGGAUUAGUUGAGCAGUUCUUUCUCGAGCCUUGUGUGGAGGUGGGGGUGGGGGUAUUCAACUGGUUUGGUGGCUGGAUGAGUUGCCCCUUUGCUCAUAUGGUCUCGCACUCCCCUAAAGGCUAACCUGGUCAUGAUAUGGUUCCAAUGGUCCCAUAUACCCAACAGAUGCUGUGUGUGCACCAAGAGGCACAGGCAGGGAUGCUUUAAACAGCGUGAUUCACAGAACCGAAGACCAAACAGCCCAAAUGUCUGUCCUUGCAUUCUGUGUAUUAGCUUUAGCAAAUGACCUUGGGGACCACACUAUAAGAAUAAGAGGAGGAUUGAGGAGAAGGAAUUGUUUCUCAGGUCACAGUACUUGCCCUAACUGUCCCUGUAUAGUAGCCUAUCCUCACACAGGGACAGCCUAUCCUCACACAGGGACAGCCUAUCCUCACACAGGUUAGCCUAUCCUCACACAGGGACAGCCUAUCCUCACACAGGGACAGCCUAUCCUCACACAGGACUGCCCUAUCCCCACACAGGACUGUCCUAUCCUCACACAGGACUAACCAGUCGGCACAGAGUAAUCUGAAAGGUGACCCCUGAACACACAUUGCCAUUCUUUUAUUACUGUCAUUGUUGUGCAUGAUAUAUUCUUGUGUGUGUGAGUGUGCAUGUGUGUUCAUAUGUUACCAUGUGUGCGUGGAGGAGAUAAGUUAACACUGGUGUCUUUCUCUAACAUUCUCUAUUUUCUUGAGACAGGGUCUUUCACUAAGCUCAUGGGUACAGCUAGGCUUCCCUCAUUAGUGAGGAAAUAAAGCUUAAACUUCUUAACGUGGAAUUCAAAUCCUUCCACAUGACACGGGAUUCACUCUUUACAGGACUGUCUGAUUUGAGCUUUUAAAAAAGGUUUUCUGUUACCAUAAGGGAAGCCAUUCAACCUCUCCAUGCCUCAGCAUCCUUUUUGAAUUGAAGAAUCGGCUGACGGCGUCACUUCUCAGACAUCAAAUGAGCUAACAUAGCCAAAGACUAGAGCCAAGCAGAACCACAUGCUGAUUUUGUAAUUGUAAAGAUAGGGGAUGCUCAUGUUGCUGCCCCCGGCCAGGCCUCCCUUUGAGUAACUAUGAAGUUCUAUGCUCUGUGACCUAUUUACUGUGUUUUAUACAGCUGGCCAUUGUAAUGGUCUGUGCAGUGCUCCAGGCUGCGUGCUUUCUCCGUUAUUCCCCAUUAUAUGAAUCCUACCCAUCUCUUUAAGCUGCUCCCUAUGCUGUUCUAGUGCCCAACUCUUCGCUCUUUCUCGGCUGUGCUACAGUGUUCAGCAAUGGUGUUUGGAAUUUGCACUCAUUGUCUCUAACCAUCAGCUGUAGCUGAUUACUGGGUUCAUGCACAUAUCCAGUUAUACACUAUUCUUCUUUAAAACCGCGAGUCCUCACUAGCGUUAACGGUCAACUUGACACAGCCUGGAAUCACCUAACAAGAGUCUCAAUUGAGUCUGAGUGUGGUGGCGCACACCUUCAAUCCCAGCACUCUGAAAGCUGAGGAAAGCGGAUCUGAGGGCCCAGCACACUGUGGGCAGCACCAUUACUAGGCAUAAGAAAGGCAGCAGUUAACCAGGAGCCCGGGAGUGAGCCCCCCAGUAGAGUUCCUCCAAGGUUCCUGCUCCACGUUCUUGUCUUGAUGUCCUGUCUUGACUUCCUUCAGUGACGGAGUGCGGCCUGGGAGGGUAAGCUAAAUAAACCUUUUUCUCCCUAAGUUUCUAUUCGAGUGGUUUGGUUUGGUUUCAACAACAGGAAGAAAACGAGAGCCCCGUGGUACUGGGAAUUGAAACCAGCGCCUCACACCUGCCAGGCAAGAGCUUUGUAAACAGAGCAAUAUCCCUAGCCCCAAAGUUGUGGGUUUUUCUUCUUUCUUAAGAAGCUUAACAUCGUACCUUGUAUAAAGUAAGUAUUUAGAAGAGUUGUCGUUGAGGAUUUGAAUGAAGGACUCAUUACAGAAUUAUGCCCCAGAAAUAAAUCCCAUGUUUUAAUGCGUGAUAUUGUUUCCUAGGGUGUGGAGGAAAUAGCCAAUAUGGAAUUUCCCUAAUCUACUCAGAGGGAGCAGGGUAAUGUAAACAGUCUGGGCUGCUCUUGAGCCAACAGCAUCAGGACGAUCUAAAGUGAGUUUAUCUUGAGGUUCAGCUGCCUCCCUUCGGCACUGGAGACAGUGAAAUUAGCUGCUGUGGCCCCGUCGUUCAAAACCAAACACACAAAGCACACUGCUUGUGUGUUUUGGGAUCACUUGAACAAAAACUAGUUCCAUAGAGCGUUUCUUGAAGUGAUGGGUCCAAUACCCAGUUUAAACACUUGCCUUAUACCAACUGCAUGUCAAAUAAAAGUGUGAACUCUCUGCCUGGAAAAACCAAGACUCUUUAUUAUCAACGUAGAGAAGUUAUUUCAAAUUUUAAGGUUAAAAUAAGGAAGUGUUUUGAAUGUUGCCUAACUCACCAUUGUGGGAAAAAGUUAGAAGCCGUUCCGACCAUGCCGUUCUACUUUGCAUUUCUAUUGAAUACUUGGACUUUUUCUUAACAAACUUGCAGUAUUCGUCUCAUAAUCUUUAACCUAAAUACUAAUUUAUAAUUUUUUGAGAGAAGAAUUAUAUUGCCAAUGACCAAAUUAUUAAUCAGGCAGAAGUUUUAGUAGCCAGGUAUUGAUGUUUACUCUGGACACUAUGAAGUACUGACUCCAUACAUCUGAAAGCCGUUUUUAAAAGUAUGUGUCUUUUGUAUUUGUAUGUGUGUAUGUGCCUGAGUGUGUAUGUGUGCACCAUGUGUGUGCAGGUGCCCUAGGAGAAGAGAAAAGGUCAAACCCCUAGAGCUGGAGUCUCUGGAAGAGCAGUACAUACUCAUAACCCAUAAUUCCUAAGCCCCUCUGAAAACAUUU